CUUAACAUCCUCCAUUUCCAUACUCCUUCCUGUUUUUGGUAAACCACUUUAGGUUACCAAAAUGCUGCUACCAGUACUUGUACAAGCCUAUUCAUAGAGAAACAGAGAUACCCUUUUCCUUUCAUCAAUUGUUCUUCUUCUACGUCGUCUGUUGGGGGAAGAUGAAGAGGUCUCCAACUACUUCUUCUUCUUCUUCUUCAUCCUCCUGUAUUGGGUCUCACCAAUCAGAGAAGCUCAAGACAAAACGCGUUCGGAAAACACACAACCCAGAGAAAUGCCUGCAGAAUGCCAACAGCCCUGCAAGCUCUGCCGCCGCCGCCGGCCGGAGAAGCUCAAUUUACAGAGGAGUCACCAGGCAUAGAUGGACGGGGAGGUUUGAAGCUCAUCUCUGGGACAAGAGUUCCUGGAAUAACAUUCAAAACAAGAAAGGACGACAAGUUUAUUUGGGAGCGUAUGAUAAUGAGGAAGCUGCUGCUCAUACUUAUGAUCUUGCUGCCCUUAAAUAUUGGGGCCCUGGUACAACUUUGAAUUUUCCGAUAGAGACCUACACAAAGGAGCUUGAUGAAAUGCAAAAUGUUACCAAGGAAGAAUACCUUGCAUCGUUGCGACGGCGGAGCAGUGGAUUUUCCAGAGGAGUCUCUAAAUAUCGUGGGGUGGCUAGGCAUCACCAUAACGGGCGGUGGGAGGCAAGAAUUGGGAGAGUUUUCGGAAACAAGUAUUUAUACCUUGGAACUUAUAACACACAGGAAGAGGCAGCAGCAGCAUAUGAUAUGGCAGCCAUAGAGUACAGAGGAGCGAAUGCAGUGACAAAUUUUGACAUCAGUAAUUACAUUGACCGCUUAAAGAAGAAAAUCCCCGGCUUCAUUCCCACCGGUAGAUCAGAAGUAGAGGUAGAGCAACAACCGCCACCACCACAAAAACAGCAAGAAGAAGAAACGGUUCUAGACCAGCAGCCCCAUUAUACACAGCUCCCUCCUUGCAUGGACACUACUUCAUCAAUGGAGGUUCUGGACCCUGCAGCCAACGAGCAGGACCCUUGGAGCUUUCUCGACGCAGGUUUUGCUCCGUUCACAGUUUCCGACCUCCCACUCGAAAAACCGUGCGAGCUGACGGACCUCUUCGAUCACGCAGCGUUUGAGGAUGACAUUCAUUUGAUAUUUGACGCAGCGUGUAAUGAAGAUGAUUCCAACUUGAAUGGGGCGGAGGUUGUUGGUGUCUCAAGGAGCAUGGAGGAGGACAAUGUGCAGGAUAGGUUGUUGUUGUCUUCUUCUACUUCUUCCCCAUCUUCAACAACAACAUCGGUUUCUUGUAUCUACUCUGCUUGACUGUUUUUUGGUCUCUUAGGAGGUUUGGGAUUGUUGGGAUUUGUUUAAGUUUGUUGGUGGGAUCUGUUCUGGGUAGGCAGAUUGGAAAGAUUCUAAAUGUCUUUGGCUUCUUCUUUCUUGUUUUCAUUUCUUUUAUUCAAAGGUAAAAAGUAAAAGGCUAGGGGACACACAAAAGUUAUCACUGCUAA